AUGGAAUCCCACAAUGAAUUUCUGGAACUGAAGAGAUGUUAUGAGGGAUUUCCACGUAAGAAAGAGACCAAGAAGCAGGAUUCUGGAGACGAGCAACCUGAUAAAGGAAUAGAAACUAUAGAUGAAGGAGAUGAUGAUCAUUCUGAUGACGACGCAGCGAUGGUUUACCGAUUUGAUCGAUAA